ACCAAAUAUCUAGCCUUAGAAUCCAAUUCUCUCAAUGGGAAGCCAAACGAAGAAGCAAUGGCUUCAAUUUGCUUGUGCUUUGGUAUUUUUCUUGAUUGCCACAUGCACUAUGGCUUAUUCACCUUAUAAUUCUUAUGAAUCAUCAGAUUCAACAUAUAAUAAAGUACCAAACACAGUAGUCAAAAGUGAAGACUUCAAGGUACCCUCAGAGUCAGAAAAGGAAUAUGAGUCGUCAUUUUUGCCAAAAAAUGAUUACAAUAAGAAACCAUCAGUUUCAGAAGAUAACUAUAAGAAAGUACCCGUUGUUCCCGAACAUGAAUCAUUCUUGCCAAAGAAUGACUACUACAAGACGCCAUCAUUUUCAGAAGAUAACUACAAGAAGGAGUCAUAUGUUCCAGAGGUACCCUCGAUGGCUAAACCAGAAUAUAAGGAGUCAUUUUUUCCAAAAUUUGACUACUUCAAGAAGCCAUCAGUUUCAGAAGAUAACUACAAGAAGUCGUCAUAUGUUCCAGAGGUACCCUCGAUGGCUAAACCAGAAUAUAAGGAGUCAUUUUUUCCAAAAUUUGACUACGUCAAGAAGCCAUUAGUUCCAAAAGAUAACUACAAGAAAGCGUCAUAUGUUCCAGAGGUACCCAUAGAGCCUAAACUGGAAUACAAGGUACCAUCUUUGCCAAAGAAUGACUACUAUAAGAAGCCAUUAGUUCCAAAAGAUAAUUACAAAAAGGUAUCAUAUGUUCCAAAGGUGCCCUCAGUGCCUAAAGAAGAAUACAAUGUACCUUCUUUUCCAAAGAAUGAUUACUACAAGAAGCCAUCAGUUCCAGAAGAUAACUACAAUAAGGUACUAUUUGUUCCAAAGGUGCCCUCAGUGACUAAAGAAGAAUACAAGGUGCCUUCUUUGCAAAAAAAUGAUUACUACAAGAAGCCAUCAGUUUCAGAAGAGAACUACAAAAAGGUUUCAUAUGUUCCAAAGGUUCCCUCAGUGCCUAAAGAAGAAUACAAGGUACCUGCUUUGCCAAAGAAUGAUUACUACAAGAAUCCAUCAGUUCCAGAAGAAAACUACAAAAAGGUACCAUUUGUUCCAAAGGUGCCCUCAGUGCAAAAUGACUACUACAAGAAGCCAUCGGUUUCAGAAGAUAACUACAAAAAAGUGUCAUAUGUUACAAAGGUGCCCUCAGUGCCUAAAGAAGAAUACAAGGUGCCUUCUUUGUCAAAUAAUGACUACUACAAGAAGCCAUCACCUUCUCCAUCACCACCACCUCCAUAUUAUUAAAUUUCCAUAUUUCAUGUUCAACAUGGAUGUUUCAUUUAAGUCCUUCUCCAGCUCAACAUAUAUAACUCAUAGGGUUCUCAUAUUAUGAGUUAGAAGGCAUGAUGUCAAAAUUUGUAUUUAUUUAUUUAUUUUUCCUUUUCCUGCUCCGGUUUGUAAUUGUUUUGUCAUUUAAAUUCUAUAUU